AUGGCUUUUCAAAUUAAAACAGUGAUAGUUAUAUUGUUUUUCGCGCUACACACCGGCACGCCUGCGCAUUUUUCCAAACCGUUAUAUGGAUGGUGGUUGGAAAACUUAGUAUCUAUUGGGUCGGAGGCUGUGGACAAAGAUGUUCAAGUUGUUUAUUUGCCAAAGCUUGUGCCCAGGGAGGCGCUAUCGUCCGAAUCAAAACAGGACGAUGUUCCUUUUUCCUACAGUUUCAAUGCUUUUGGAAGAGAUUUCGAUUUGCAAUUGGUGCCAAACAGACGUUUGCUAGCACCGCAGUUCCGUGUGUGGUCUGAAAAAGGGGAAGAAGAACCUCUAUCCGAUGUAGACGCUAGCUGCCACUAUCUUCACGCAGGAACCGACUCUGUUGCUGCCUUCUCCGCUUGUAAAGACCAUGCGCUGCAUGGCCUUAUCGUAACGGACAACUCCACAUAUGAGGUACGUCCUUUGCCACGCGGGGGGCGGGCGGAAAUGAAGCAAGGCCGCGCUGCUCACAUCAUCCGGCGAGCCGCGCCGCCACCGCUGACUCAUAACGACGCCAGACCAUUACGCCACAGCCCGCGGAGACCACGUGUCUACCCGUCAAAGCCUGUCCCCUCGUCCUACACUAUUGAAAUUGCCCUAUUCCUCGACGAGUCGGCGUAUAAGAUCUUUCAUCCGUACCUCAACCACAAUGAAGGCGAACUUCGUGAUAUGCUGUUGGCUUAUAUUAACGGCGUGCAAGCUCUCUACCAUCACCCGUCGCUGGGAACCCGAAUUCAGCUUUCGUUGGUGCGGUUGACGCUACUUCGCUCUCAGCCAAGUGGACUACCACCCCAUGCAGAGAGAGGCCGGCUUCUUGACUCCUUCUGUGCUUACCAGCGGUCACUCAACGUAGAAGAUGACGACGACCCUCAACAUUGGGAUAUGGCUCUGCUCUUGUCAGGAUUGGACUUCUACUCCGAGGAAGGCGGUCGACGCAAUGGAGUAACCAUGGGCCUAGCACCCGUCGGCGGCGUUUGUCUGCCCGCCCAUGCUUGUGUAGUAUCAGAAUUCGGCACCACAGACACUCUGGGCAGACCCUAUCCAUCAGCCGGCUUCACAUCCGUCUACAUUCUAGCUCAUGAAAUAGGACACAAUCUGGGCAUGCAUCACGAUGGAUCAGGAAACUCGUGCGCAAGGGACGGUUUCAUAAUGUCGCCAUCUCGUGGAACUAACGGAGAGGCAACGUGGUCACACUGCAGCGCACGCGUCGCAGCUGAUUUGCAAUGGGCGACAUGUCUUUUUGAUGGUGAUGAUGAUUUGGACACCCCGAAGGAACUUCAGCAUAGCAGAUUUGGAGGCUAUCCCGGUAUGAGUUGGGGUGCCAAGAAACAAUGUGAGGUACUACUGAGAGACAAGGACGCAUCUCCAGUUGAUAGUGGCAGCGGUAUCUGCGCUCAACUCACCUGCAGGACUCCGCAUCGUGCUGGGUUUUAUUACUCUGGGCCUGCUCUGCCAGGGACCUCCUGUGGUCAUGGAAAGUGGUGUGACGGCGGUACUUGUAUGCUAGUGGAUCCAUCAUACAAACCAACCGAGACGCCAUCUAGUGGCACUAGCUGGAGUGUAUGGACUUCUGGAGAGUGUAAGUCGGGUUGCACUUACAAAGGCCGUGGAUCAAAGGAGCGAAGGAGAUCCUGUCCUGCUGCAGCUAGCUGUGAAGGUGCUUCGUAUGAUGUCGCACUAUGUGAAGACACUAAGGUUUGCGGUAAGAAAACUCGAGUCAGUGCAAACGAGUUAGCUGCCAGAAAGUGUACAGAAUAUGCUUCAAUGGUUCCAACGUUGGAUUCACGCGGCGGCGGCCUUCAGGCCCCACAUGACCCCACUCGUAUGUGGAUGGGAUGUGCAAUAUUCUGUAGACGAUCUGUUGGAGGUGGCUUUUACGCCCCACGAGUGGAACUGAAUGACGCCGGCCUGGACCCUUACUUUCCUGACGGCACUUGGUGUCAUUACGAUGGUUCCACUAACUAUUACUGUCUCCAACAUCAUUGCUUACCGGAGAACUUUAAAAUGACAGCACAGUAUCACAUUUGGGAGCUACCAAGCGAAGAUGUUGGUGGUCCAUUUAACGCUAGAGCCAGGGCUGUUUCUGACGAUGAAGACUACCUCGCAGCAUUACGGUCUUACCUGUCGGUGGAUGAUAAGGGCACGCCGUACGCUCGCGCAGCAAUACCGCCGCAAAUGCCUGAAGACCCAGAAGAUAACUGGGAAGUAAUAGAUUACGUAGAUAUACCGAAAAAUGAUACAAAGUUACCUUAA